UUAAUAAUCUUCGAACUAGAUUGCACUAUGCCCUGCAAUCGUACUGCACGACGAUUAAAAGCGUGUCCGAAAUAACACCCGAUUUGAGAUAACAUUUGAAAAUCAGCUGGCAAUUCUCCGACCGAACGUUGUUUGCAUUCGAUCGAAAUAUAUCGGUGAAAAAAGACGCGUUCUAUUUAGAUUCAUCAAUAUGGUAACCUUAUCGAACUAAAAUAGUAAAAACACAUCCAAGUAGCGUUUUAUAAAGUGUAUAAAUCUACUACAGAAGAUGAUCCCGAUUAUACGUGGAGUACGCCGCGGCGCCCAUAACACGAUGACGGCUGCAGCGAUCACUCGCAAGUCCACCUUGCUUGUCGCCUGACGUCAGUAGCAAUAGACUGCUACAGAAAGAUAAUAACAUUUUUAUAAUAAUAUAAUAAUAAUCAUCAGUGUCGAUUUUCUGAUGUGGUGGAUGAUUUAUAAUCUGACGAAAUCAAGCUCGAGAACUGAUUAUCGAGCCCCAAGCAAUGGUUUGAGCUUUGGAGUCUGUGGAAGAUGAGAACAGGAUCGACCGGAAAUAAUGGCUCCACACGCGGAGGAUUGCGAAGAGGUGGAGCGACUCAGCAGGGAGGAAUACCAAACGGUACCAGUACACCAAGGAAGAAGAAUAUUGCCAGUCGAAGCCUCUUCGGCACAAGCCUGGAUAGAGAAUGAAGAUCUGAACCCUGGACCUGACAGCAGAACCAAUAGCCCCGGCGAAAACCGUAGAUUGCUUGGGAGAAAGGCUGAAAAGUCAGGAUUGCAAUCUGGACUCACUCUCGGGGUCUGGAAACAAUCCAAGUGCUCCUUAAGCAAGACGGUAAUAAAGCCACAAGCGAAGACCAAGUUUCAGAAACGAAAGGACGUACUCAUUCAAGCUUUGCGACCCCCAUACUUUAUCAUCAGCAUUAUCAUUUUUAUUGCGGCAUUGCACUUGUGCGGACCCGGGGAAUGGCGGGCUUGGCUAGAGUGGGCACCGGGAGCGUGGUGGCAGGAGCCCUGGCGGCUGAUUACCUACGGCUGCGUGCACGCCGGCACCGCCCAUCUCGCUAUCAACGCGCUCGUCGCUCUGGCAGUCGGGUGGCGUCUCGAGCGCGAACAAGGAUGGGCACGCGUGGCGAUCCUUUGGAGUGGCGGGCUAGUGGCCGGCGCCUUAGGUGCGGGAGCGCUGCAACCGCGGGUGCAUGUCGUGGGUGCUUCCGCCGCUGUCUACGCGCUUCUCACGGCACACCUGCCCAACGUGUGUCUGAGGUUCGGCCAUAUCCCUCUAUGGUGGUUCCGACCGCUUAGUGUAGUGGUGCUAGGCGCUUCAGAAGUGUGGUGGGCGGUAAUGCGGGCAGGUGGGCCAACGAGUGGCUCGGGCUACCACGUGGCGUGGGCGGCGCAUGCGCUCGGCGCCGCCGCCGGUCUGCCGCUCGGCUUUCUCAUUUUUAACGGCGAAAACAGCGGCGACAGGAGAAUAGUGUGGUGCAAAAUAUUAUCGAUGUGCGCAAUAGUGGUGGCCGUGACGUCGGCAGCGAUACACUUCACGUACUGGUACGAUGCAGACCACUAUAGCUGAAGGCGGCUCUCGCUCCUCGUGAUGAAGAGGAUGCGCUACAAUUCCCUACUGACGAGGCCCUAGAUAUGAGGGUUGUGAGACAUAUCGAGACUGAAGUAUACACAAGCAGAAGUUGUCACUUCAACGAUAUACUUUGUAAAACUACACUUUACCUAUUUAUGUAGUUAUUUCUUUACUAGCGAAGAAUAGGUUUAUUCUUCGGAUACUAUACAGUGUCAUUGAUAACUUUUCAACCAAUAAUAUGAUUUAAGUACUACAAUUAACAAAUUGGAAUAAACAUAAUUAAUGUACAAAAGUUGUUACAUAACGAGCUUUGGAAAGGUCUUCCUUUGAGUCAGACAUAUUUUGGACGAAGACUCUGAUAGGUCUAACUGAUAUCCGUACUUAAAGGUAGUUCUUAAAAAACAUUACUAAUCUCUGAAAGAGAUUUUGUGUGUGAUAUUAUGUCUUAAUAAUACGUUUAAGCUGUAUGUUACAUGGUUUGAAAAAUUAAGAUUACAGGUUAAUUCAUCAUUAGUAACGUUUUUAUGAAAAAAUUAUCUGUAGUUAUUAUGUUAUAAACGUAACAAUGUAAGGUUAUUUCUUCUGAUACAUAUUCAAAACCUGACUCUUUAAAUAAAAUAAUAAACUUCAUAUUUGUUUGUAAAACAUAUAUGUGAUUAGGAAAUACUGUCUAUCUCUGAAUAAUGUCGACACUCGACUUAAAUGUUUCGGGAUUGAUAACAAUAGAUGGCGUUAACUAUAAUUAACAGAGUCAGGCAGCAAAAGUUUGGAAACGCGAUUUCUAUGAAAUCACAGAAUUGUGUUUUGUAUCAAAACGCUCGACUUAGGAAUUGAAUGUGUACAUAAAUAGUUAGAUAAUAGCGUAUUUCGAUUACCAAAGAAAUUAUUAAUCUAGUCUUUAUUGUUGGCUAAGUACAAAAUUUAUCUAUUUAUAGAUUAAACGACUUUCGUCGCCAGUUCAGGUCCUAAUAUUAUUAUUCGUAAAAACUACUUUUAUAUACAUAUUUUCAAUAAAAGUGAUCCUUUCGUAAAA